AAAAAAGUGAAGUUUGGCGAAGAGAGGGAGGAGAGCAGGAGGAGGAUUUAGAGCAGGAGACGGGAGAGCUACAUCUGAGGUAGCCUACAUGCUGAAACCUCGCGGUCCCAGGCCCAUAGGAGCCCCAAGAUGAUGAACUCUCCCGAGGGAGCAGCGCCGGUGGCUUUCGAAACCGCGGCGGCUCGCGGCAAACCGGAGCAGGAGGAGAGCGAGGACAGCAAGCCCAAAGAGGUGACGGUUGGCUCGGAGGCUAAAAGCAAGGCGAGUCGCCACCCGUUCAGCGUCGAGUCGCUCAUCUCAAAGAAGACACCCAGCAGCAGCAGCCCGGCGCCGGCGCAGCCAGGACCCUUAAGCCAGCCCAUCGCGGACCAGUACCCUCACAGGACUUACUUCACGGGUCAGAAGGGCAAAGUUUCGAUCGCUUUCCCCGCCGUGUCGGACUGCCUGAACAACGACGAGAGCGAGGACUCGAGUGACAAAGAGCAGAGCACUUGGCUGAAGAGCCCAGCCUUCAACUCCCCACCGAGACACCCGAGUCCCACGCCGUGUCACCUGCGCAAGCACAAGAGCAACCGGAAGCCGCGCACGCCCUUCACCACGGCGCAGCUGCUGUCGCUCGAGCGCAAGUUCCGGCAGAAGCAGUACCUGUCCAUCGCGGAGCGCGCGGAGUUCUCCAGCGCGCUCAACCUCACCGAGACGCAGGUGAAGAUCUGGUUCCAGAACCGGCGCGCCAAGGCCAAGCGGCUGCACGAGGCCGAGCUGGAGAAGCUCAAGCUGGCCGCCAAGCCCGUGCUCCCGGCGCUCGCGCUGCCCUUCGCUUUCGGCGCGCACGCGGCGGCGUCGUCCAUGUACGGGAGCCCGGGGCCUGGGCCGCGAGCCGCCGUAGCCGUGCCGGGCCUCUUCAGCUCGCCGUACGGAAUGUAUUAUUUGUCUUAACUGUCUGGGGGCUUGAGCCUCGCGCGCGACGCGGACAGGGAACCGCGCCGGGGUGUCGGAGAGCAGCCGGCCUUAUUACAAGCCCCGAUCACGGUCAGCUACAGGGCUGCGCCGCGCGGCAGACCAUAUUAUCAUGUACUGGCAUUGCAGCGUGCCUUCCCGUACAAACAACAACACAGCGCUGAACCCCGGAUGGGACACUAUUAGACGCCUCUGGUCGCGCGCACCUUGCGUCGUGCGCAGAAGGUGAACAUUGACAGUCCCUCUGACUGAAGCCACGUGCACAGCGCUCGAGUCGGUGUUGGGUUUGUGGAGAUCUGGCUCUUUAUAAGCCUCGUUCUCCUCUGAGAUUCACCAGUUUAUCCAUUACUGCAGUUGUUGUAGCCUUACACAGCAAGACCCCCACGCUGGGCAAAAGGGCUGGGCAGUUUAAGAUAAAGGGGCAUUUAUGAAGCAGUGCAGCAGCAACAUAUCACUGAAAACCUCAAAAACACGUCCACUGCCUCAGCGCUGCGCUCAGUGACCAUCUACAGCGCUCAGUCCUACAGUUAAGCCCACCUGAGCACUGCAGAGUCAGAUUCGUGGGAUUUUGCUGUGUAAAUAUACAAGAAUGUCGCACAAGUACAGGAGCGAGUGCAGCCCUCUGUGUCUGUGUGUCUGUGUGUGUGUCUGUGUUUAUGUGUGCGUGUGAUGGAUGUGCUCAUGCUCUACUGGAGCAGCUGGAGCUGGAUUAAUGCAACAAUUUGGGAUGUAUAAAAACUCUGGGGUUGUCCGUCGUGGAGUACUUACUGGCCUUCUCUUAAAAGUGCCUUGAGAGACCAAAUAUUUAUUAGUCAAUAAAGAUUAUUCUUUUUAACAUUUAA